AUGCCAUUGCACGAAGCGGAACCCGCACCACCAACUUUAAUGUACUGGAGCAAAGCACCAAUAUGGGGAACACUACCAACUCAUAAAAUGCGUAGCCAUAGUGCGAGCGUGGUGGACAAUACCAUGAUCUGGAUGUUCGGCGGAUGCGACGACAAGGAGUUCUGGCGAGAUGUGCUUUGCCUUGAUGUCGAGACGAUGGAAUGCACGCGUCCGGAGACGUGCGGGGAUAUCCCGCCACCUUGCCGUGCACACACUGCAACACUUGUCGACCGGAGAUUGUUCGUAUUUGGAGGCGGACAGGGAAACAUGUACUAUAAUACGCUUUACAUCCUCGACACGGUUUCACGACGAUGGACACAUGUACCUUUCUCGACCGCUAUCUCCUCUACCUCCGCACAACACGCACAUACACUGUCGGGUGCUGGUGACUCAUCUCCUGCUGCUGCUGCUGCUGCUCCGGAAUCCAUUGAGGCAGGGAUCAAUUAUAGCGUUGUUGAUGAAUCGUUACCGAGACCACGUCGAGCGCAUACGACGGUUUUGUAUAAAAAUCGUCUAGUUGUAUUUGGUGGUGGGAAUGGCGCGAUGGCAUUGAACGAUGUAUGGGUGCUUGAUGUAGGUGUCCCGCCAGAGCGAAUGCGUUGGGCGAAGCAACGUACAACCGGUGCUCGUCCGUCUCCUCGUGGCUAUCAUACUGCGAACCUUAUUGGCAAUGUAAUGGUUGUCGUUGGUGGAAGUGACGGACGUCAGACUUUCUCGGAUGUUUUCUGCUUGAAUUUGGAAACAUGGCAUUGGAGCUCCGUACAUGCUGACCGAUUGUAUCGACGUCUCGCACAUACGGCGACUCAGAUUGGGUCGUACCUGUUCAUAAUGGGCGGACACGAUGGUACACAAUAUACCAACGAGCUACUUCUGUUCAAUCUCGUCUCGUUACAAUACGAACCCCGCACAACACGCGGCAUCCCACCAAGUCCACGCGGAUACCACGCUGCAGCGCUUGCAGACGGUCGGCUAUGGGUCUUUGGCGGAUACGACGGUCGUACAGCACAUGACGACGUACAUAUGCUGGACCUUGCGAGUUCAGCGUACCUCAGUCAGGUCACUGGGUUUCAGAUUAACGUUGAUUAA